UGGAAGCCUUGGAGAAUCUGGCACAUGAAUGCAGCGACGUCUACAAUAGGAACACAUGGAUGAGGGACAGGGAUUGCGACAGCAUGUAUGCCGUGCGAUGUGAUGACGACGGGCAUGUCAUUGAACUCGUCAUCAGCGAGUGCAGCCUCGUCGGCUCCCUGCCCACGGCUCUCCUCGCAUUGCCCCAUCUCAAGGAUCUGGACAUCCGGGGAAACAACUUUUCAGGCUCCAUUCCAGAGGCAAUCAGCAACCUCAAGCAGCUAAGGGAGUUACGCAUCACGGAGCCAACGUUGUCAGGGUCCAUCCCCGAGUCGAUAGGAGCGCUCACCAACCUGCAAGAUCUGAAUUUGAAAGACAGCGUCAGCCUGAGUGGCACCAUUCCCGCGUGCCUCGGCAACCUCACCAGACUCACCGUAUUGAAUCUUCGCGAAUGCGGUCUCUCAGGAUCCAUUCCAGAGGCAAUCAGCAGCCUCAAGCAGCUGGAGAUGUUGGACCUACAGGGCAACAGCCUGAGUGGCACCAUUCCCACCUUCAUUGGCCGCCUCACCGAACUUCGCAUCCUGAAACUCAACGACAACGCUUUCUCAGGCUCCAUGCUGGGGACAUUCUGCAACCACAUUCGUUUCUGCGAGUUAGACUUUGAGGGCAACCAGUUUACGAGAGAGCUGCCCUCGUUCGACCAUACUGCCCAUCUCAACAUAUUUCCAUGGAGCUACAGCGACCUCACAGCCACCGGAAGCCGUCUCCCCCUCAAUGCUACCGGUGGAGACGAACCUUCACAGCAGCACAGCUUGUAUACUGCAGUGGUGGAGGAGGCACUCUCCGUUCUCCAGGCACCUCCAAACCUGCUGCUGCUGCAGCUGCUUCCACUGGCAGUGCUGCUGCAGCUGGCGUUGGCGUUGUCACUAGCGAUUCUGAGGCGCCUCAAGAAUCGACCCCCCACACGCUACUUCUUUUCAAAGAGAGCCCUUGCUGCCCGGUAA